GGGCUCAGUAAAAAUAGUUGAUUCGACGAAGAAGCACGCCUGCCCGGUCGAGGUCGCGAUGACGACGCGGAACCGCCUAAUAUUUCUAGUUCUUACGAAAUAACCACGGCGUCACGAUUACCUCAUAUCUACCUAUUAUUAGACAACCACGCAAGCCGGCUUCCAUUUACGCCCUAGUAACCACCUAACUGUGCAACGAAACGAACGCGUUUGCAUCAGUUAUGGCAAACUACAUGCUUUCCGCCCUCACAUUUAUCGCGAUCAUCGUCGCCGCGAACUGUUACAAAAUACUCGGUAUAUUCCCGUCCCUCGACCGUAACAAUUACCUCACAUACAGAGGACUAUUCCGAGAAUUAGCCAAUAGAAACCACGAAGUGACUCUCAUCAGCCAUUUCCAAGUGCCGGACGUCCCAGCGUCUUACAAAGAAGUGUUGUUAAGUGACAAAACGGUGUACAAAGGAUUAUCUUUCGAAUCGGUAGUCGUAAACGAGAUAUCGCGGCUGCCGUUUGAAACUCUUGUUGAGACGAAAAAUGGCAACGAUGACUGCAAAACGCUUAUGAACAACCAUCACGUCCUGCAUAUGAUAAGAACGCGACCUAGAUUCGACGUAAUACUGGUGGAAUCGUAUAACAGUGACUGUGGCAUGGCAUUGGCCGCGAAUUUGAGUGCCCCAUAUAUCGCAUUCAACCCUCAACCGAUCCAGCCAUGGCAGUAUAAUAGGCUGGGUAUCAGUUUCAACUCCGCGUAUGUAACACAAGCCGGCCUGCCCUAUGGAAAAGAGCCCUGGUUUUUCGAGCGACUGAAGAGUUAUAUAUUGUAUCACAUAUCUAAUUGGGUGUACUAUGUUGGCUCCCAAGUGACGGAUCACGUGUACUUGUACAAGUUCCUCGGAGAUGAUUUACCAACAUUGGAGAGCAUAGCAUCGAAUGCCAGUCUAGUGUUUGUAAACACACAUCAGUCAGUAUUUGGCGGUGUGGCGAGGCCCGAUAACGUUAUUGAUAUUGGUGGAAUUCAUGUCAGACCACCAAAAAUAAUUCCUACGGAAAUCGAGAGAUUCAUAAACGAGGCGGAACACGGUGUGAUUUACGUCAACUUAGGCUCAACGGUGAAAGACUCGACGCUCCCGCCAGAGAAAUUGAAUGAACUGCUGGCUACGUUCAGAAAAUUGCCGCUAAGGAUCUUAUGGAAAUGGGACAGGGGGAACGUGGAGUUGCCGAGGAACGUCAUGACUAUGAGAUGGUUCCCGCAAUAUGAUAUACUGCGGCACGACAAUGUUAAAGCUUUCAUCUCACACGCCGGGAUAUUAAGUACAAUCGAAGCCAUAGAUGCAGCCAUCCCUGUGGUAGCUAUCCCUCUCUUUGGAGACCAGUACGGGAACGCCGCAGCUCUGGAAAACGCUGGCAUGGCAACCAUUGUCUCUUACCAGGAUUUCAAAAAAGAGUAUCUGUUAGAUGCCAUCAACGAAGUGCUGGAUCCAAGGUGGCAGCAAAGAGCAAAACUCGUCUCCAGGUUGUGGCACGACCGCCCGAUCUCUCCGAUAGAAAGCGCCAUCUACUGGACUGAGUAUAUAGCAAGAUAUCAGGGCGCGCCGAAUCUACAAGCGACAUCUGUGAAUCUUCCGCUGUACCAGCAGUUGCAGCUUGAUGUUCUAGCUUUUGUAGUGCUAGUCAUUUAUAUCCUAGGGUUUGUCGCAUACAAAAUAUUAUCUGUAUGCUGUUGUUGCUGCUGUCACUCUGAAACUGAAAUUCAAACAUUUACUGAAGAAAAAAGAAAUAAAAGAGUCAAAUUUGAAUGAAAUGCCAAACUAAAAUAGUCAAACCUGAUACUCUUUGGCCGAGGGGACUACAAUAAGGGGACAAAGUGAGAUAAAUGUACUGAGGAUUUCGGCCUCGUAAUUUUGAUAUAGAAUCUCUACUCGACUCUGGGAGGGCGGAACUUAAGAAGUAAUGUGACUGUUAUUUAUUAGGUACUUAAAUGUUGAGAUAUACCUACCUAACUUCUAGGUAUUUAUUUAUUGAUUAUACCUAUUAUUUAGUUUUGUAAAGAGAAAUAUAGAAUACUUAUUUAUUA